CGAAGAUGGGGACGUGGAUCUUGCGCUGCGCCGUGCAUGCGCUCCUCGUCGUCGGCCUCACGCUGCAUGCGAGCCAGGUGGACAACCGCCUCCAGGCCUACACGCGCGGCCUCGCGGAUGAGCUCUGGACGCUCUUGAGCGCGUUGCCGCCGAGCCGGUCGCACGACUACGAGCUCUACACGAUGGACGACACCAUUGCGCAAGUCCAUACCUUGCUCGACAACUACUUUUUGCUGCCGCAGGUCGCGCUUGGCCGGUUCCGCGUCGCGACUUGCGACGGCGCCGAUGAGACCAUCGACGCACUGGCCUGUCCAACACUGCGCGUGAUCGAGUCGGCCACGGGCACGGACGAGGUCGAGCGGUUCUACGACCUACAGCGCGGCAACGAGUCGUGCUGGCCCGUCGGGCUGCGCUACAACACGCACCACGACGUCUCGCGCGUCUUUUUCGACGCGCUCGUGUCGAUGGAGAUCUCGGUGCGCGUUGAAUCGCACCCGCCGUCCCGCGAAGAGGACGACGCCGACUUUGAGUUCACCAACUGGAACGUCUCAUUCGCGUACGACCUCUCGGCGCAGGGCCAGCUCCACGGGCAGAUGCGCGUGCGUCGGCUGCUCCCGAGCCUCACGCUCCGAGCGACACCGAAAGACUUAAUUCCGCGUUACGUGUUCUUUAUCGCGCUCGCUGUGCUGUACCAGCUCCUCGAGCUGGGCCACCUCGUCGCGACGCUGCCUGGCGCGACGAGCCUCGAAACCAUUGGACGCCACUUGUACUACACGGAGCCGUGGUGCCUUGUCGUGCUCUGCAUGAACCUCGCGACUGUCGCCGUCUCGAUCCAGGCGUGGCAGUACGCCGGGCACUUGGCUUACUUUGAGCAGCUCUCGCUGACGUUUGCGAUCGCGUGUGGUCUCGCGUGGGUCUCGUCGCUGCGGUAUUUGCACGCGAACGCGCGCUUCUACAUUUUGGGCCUCACGCUGCGACGGGGGCUGCCGCGCGUGCUCGAGUUUCUCAUUGGCGUUUGCCCGCUCUUUGUCGGCUACGUGCUAUUUGGCACCGUCAUGUUUGGCAGCCAAGUGCCCCGCUUUCAGGGACUCACAACGACAGCGACGACGCUCUUUGCGAUUGCCAACGGAGACGAAGUGCGCUUGACGUUCGACUCGCUCGCCGCGACGCCGUUGCUGGGCCAGAUCUACCUCUACUCGUACAUCAUGCUCUUCACGUACGUGGUGCUCAUGGUGUGCAUCGGCAUCAUCGAAGAUGCCUUCUUCUCGUCGGCCUUUCCGAGUCUUUGGAAGCAGCCUGCGACGCGGGAUGACGACAGCGCCUCAUCGCGUCUCGCCACCGACGAUUGGCUGCAGCUUCGGUCGUUGAUUCUGAACGAGACCGACCCGAGCUUGGUUGUUGCCCAAACCGCCAUUUUGAAUCGCGUCCACGAACGGUUGUAUGUCGCCAAGGACGAUGGACAGUGAAAUUAUAUGAAGUACGUCGACUACCACUCGUACUGGAAGCGCUCGAGCGCUUGCUGGGCUUCGCCGAGCUCCUUCUGGACCUUGAUGCGCUUGUAAAAGAUGGGGCAGUCGCGGC